UGGGAGAGCAAGAUCAUAAUUCUCAGUAAUUAGAACUUUAUAGGGCUUAAAAAGGAAGGGGCGGGCUGUAGAAGGCCAUUCCGCCUGUACUUGUUCGUGCGACCCGAACCGGAGAGGGCGAGAGCGAGUGAGAGCGGGAGGGCGAGGUCCGUCUUGUGCGAUUCAGAGAAGAAGAUCGACAUCUGGUGAUUCUGAGUACAGAGCAUCUAUUAAUCCUUUGAGCCUGAUUGAUAGAUCACUUAGGCGUUUGGAAGAAGAAGGAACAAGGGAGGUUUUAUAAUUUUUACUGUUCAGUGAUUUAUGGAAGAGACAAUUGAAUAUUGCUAUCAAUACAAUGGUAGACAUCUUUCUGUUGCUUGUGGUGGCCCAAUUUUUGUUUCCAAUUAUGUUGGCUCUAUGACCUCUGUCCCUGACUUCAAAGCCUCCUUGCUCCAAGAAAUACGUGAUCUGGAAGCUGUAUUGAUUUUGGCUGAUGAUUUCAUUGAAGAUCUCUCGGUUGAUGAUCUCAAGGUUUUUACGGAGGAAGAGUUGGUAGAGAUGGCUCUCAAAGAAGAAUUUGAUGAAUUUGAGCAUGCUUCUGGGAACGAUGAGCCAUUGCAGAUCCUAGAGCUAGCUAAUUCUACUGAUGACCAAGUUAUUAAUUUUAACAAAGAAAUUGUUAUGUCAAGAGUCUCACUAAAUGGGAGCAGCACUUUGGAAUCAUCUUCAUCAUUAAAUGAUUCGUCCAUGUGGAUGUGCAGUACUGAUGUUUCUGAAAAGAAGGUUCAACAGAAGCGAAGUAAGAAGAGAGGGAGGCAUUUUGAUAGAAAUACUCGAGCCACUGAACUUGAAAGUUGCUAUUUUGAGAAAGUGAAACAACUUGCAAAAAUCAAACAGAGACAGGAUGAAGACAAAUUAGCUGCCAGACUACAUUCAUUCAGUGGCAACUCCAAAUCUAUGGAAGGCGCAAUUAUAACCCUAGAUAAAAUCGAGAAGAUGCAAUCUCUUAGGUUAAUGACUUCCUCAGUCAAGGUGAAAGCUCUAACUUCAAAUGUGCAUGUACCUGUAUACUAUCCUGAAGUUAUUCUUUGUGUUGAGAUUUAUCAUCAAAGCACUUCGAAGAAGGUUCAAGAGUUUUUAGUCUUGGGAAGCCAGAACCUAACUGAAUUGAGGGAUAAUAUCUAUUGCUUGACGGAUAAAUUGAUGGAGGCAGCAGAGAAAUGUGAUGCUUCUAGUUAUUUCCUAAUUGAAGAAACUUUUUGCAAUGAUCUCCGAAGCCCUUCUGCUACUGAUUAUAGUAAGCCUAUAUUUGAUUGGCUUGAGAACCGACGUAAUGAGGCUUCAGAAAAGUGGGAGUUCAUCAUGUCAGGUGAACUAAAGAAAAAACAGAAGGAAUUAUUGGGUAAUUUGGAUAUUUCCAAUUUACCAAACUUUAAAGCUGUAGACAUGCAUAAAAUACGCUUCUGUGACCUAAGAUUUCGGCUUGGAGCAGGUUAUCUUUAUUGUCACCAGGGGAAUUGCAAGCACAUCAUAGUGUUUAGAGACAUGAGACUGAUCCAUCCAGAUGAUUCACACAACAAGGCAGAUUAUCCUCUCCUCACUUUCCAAAUCAAACCCCGUCAAAGGAAAUGCUCUGUUUGUCAGAUCUACAUUGCAACAAAAAUGACCGUUGAUGAUAAGUGGGCCCCAGAGGAUCCUUGUUAUUUCUGCAUCAAAUGUUACUUUCUUCUGCAUUAUAAGGAAGAUAACACUUUAUUGUAUCCUCAUACUGUGUAUGACUACUUCCAUGAAUAAAUAAAUGCUCCUUUUGUAGAUUUAAGUUGUGCUUCA